AAGGGGCGGGACCGAGCCUGGGAUUGGCUGUUGUCGGCCGACCCCUUUCCCUGCUGUCCAGUGCCUCUCGUCGGCUGGCGCCUGCGCUGUGGGCUGGCCGUGGGGGGGGGCGGGAAGCGCUACGGGGCAGUAGAUCCUAUGUCGGCCUUGAGGCGCUCGGGCUACGGCCCCAGUGACGGUCCUUCGUAUGGCCGCUUUUACGGGCCCGGGGGUGGAGAUGUGCCCAUGCACCCACCUCCGCCCUUGUAUCCUCCUCGCCCCGAACCUCCCCAGCCUCCCAUUUCCUGGCGGGUGCGCGGGGGCGGCCUUGCUGAGACCGACUGGCCGGGAGAAGGCGGAGGAGGCGAUGGCUACUAUGCCUCUGCAGGCGCCUGGUCAGAGACGGGUCGAGCUGGAGGAAACCACCAGGACCAGCCACCAUAUUCUAGCUACAAUUCUAACUAUUGGAAUUCUCCUGCACGACCUAGGGCUCCAUAUCCAAGUACAUAUCCUGUAAGACCGGAAAUGCAAGGCCAGAGUUUGAAUUCUUACACAAAUGGAGUAUAUGGCUCACCGUACCACACCGGUCCUGCGGCAAAUACUGCCUCAUACUCUGGGACUUAUUACGCACCUGGAUAUACUCAGACCAAUUACUCCCCAGAGGUUCCAAGCACUUACCGUUCACCUGGCAACAGCCCAGCCCCAGUCUGUCGUUGGCUGUAUCCUCAGCAGGACUGCCAGACUGAAGCAGCCCCUCUUAGGGGACAGGUUCCAGGAUAUCCUGCUUCACAGAACCCUGGAAUGACCCUGCCCCAUUAUCCUUAUGGGGAUGGUAAUCGUAGUGUUCCACAACCAGGACCAACUGUACGACCACAGGAGGACUCAUGGGCUUCUCCCGGUGCUUAUGGAAUGGGAACUCGUUACCCCUGGCCUUCAGCUGCCCCCUCAGCACCACCUGGGAGUCUCUACAUGAGUGAGAGUACUUCACCAUGGCCUAGCAGCAGCUCUCCUCAGUCACCUCCCUCACCACCACCCCAUCAGCCCAAGGAUUCCUCAUACCCCUAUAGCCAAUCAGAUCAAGGCCUGAACCGGCACAACUUUCCUUGCACUGUGCAUCAGUACGAGUCCUCGGGAACAAUGAACAAUGAUAAUUCAGAUCUUUUGGAUUCCCAAGUCCAGUAUAGCGCUGGACCUCAGCUGUAUGGUAAUGCCAGCAACGAACACCCCAGCAAUCAAGAUCAAAGUGAUAAUCUUCCUGAAGAGUGUUUAUCUUCAGAUGAAGGUCCUCCCCCAAGUAUUAAAAAAAUUAUGCAUGUGCUGGAGAAGGUCCAGUGUCUGGAGCACGAGGUAGAAGAGUUCGUAGGGAAAAAGACAGACAAAGCAUACUGGCUCCUGGAAGAAAUGCUAACCAAGGGACUUUUGGAACUGGAUUCAGUUGAAACUGGGGGCCAGGACUCUGUCCGGCAGGCCAGGAAAGAGGCUGUUUGUAAAAUCCAGGCCAUACUGGAAAAACUGGAAAAAAAAGGCUUAUGAAGGACUUAGAACAAAGGGGAAGCCUGUUACUAACUUGACCAAAGAACUCUUGAGUUUGGUUAAUUAACCCUCUUUUUGAAAUGCUUGUUGGUGACGAGAAGCAAUACAUUCCAACUUUCCUUUGAUUAAAACUUGAAAAACUGGUAAAGGACUUGAAAGAACAUUUUAGUUAUGAGUUGUUUUCAGUUUUCAGACCAAUGAAUGUAAUAGGAAACUGUGGAGUUACCGUUAUUGCCACGUAGACUCACUCCUUAAGAAAUUUGUGGAUAUCUACAAGCUGCUUCUUAUCUGCAGGAGGGAAACACGCUUUAUGUAACAGGCUUAUCAAAAAUCUACCAGAUGAGACUGGAUAUAAUCUGGGGCAAACAGGCUCUGUUUUUUUAACCAUCUGGAUUACUUGUCACAUUUUUGUACAUUGUGACUGCUUUCAGCAUACACUUCAUGUGUAAAGUACAGCUUGGACUUUAGCCUUCUUGGACCUCUGUUUUGUUUUGUUAUUUGCAGUUCACAAAUAUAGUAUAAUUCUC